CGAGAUUUAUCAAGUAAGAUUACUUACGCAAGGCAAAGAAUUUCACAACAAUGGUUUUCCAGGAGGGAUGUCACUUCCUCAGUGAAUAUCUUUUGAGUAAACGCCUUAAUCGAUAUUGUGAUUUUUAAUUAAAAAAGAUGGAAAAUGGAUACAUCACCGCUGGAUUUGCUUGGAGGCCGGGAUCUCAAAUAGAUGUGAAACGCGUAGAGCUUCUGAUCUGCAGAGCGGAGGACAUAUAUCAGGACCACUUUGAUAACGACGAUGUUACCGUGGAAAACUUAAAAUAUUCAACUUAUAACCUGGAGCAGUGGAAUUCAGAGGGCGGGAGCUUUUGUGUCUGUCCAGCUCUUAAACCUGGCGUGUAUCAUUUCGUUUUUCGCAUAGACAAUGGGGAACAGAGAGAAUUGACAAUUUCUGAUUAUUACGACAGAACUUUUCUUGGUAAUGGUCGUGCUGUUAAUUACAUCGAAGUUUUGGCUAAUAACAAGAAAAAUUUAACACGUGCACAUGGGAACUCAGUCAAUGUGAAUUCAGUCAGUGAUGAGAAACACCAGUCCACUAAGAUGAGUAACAGCAAAGACUCACACUGCGAGCAAGACCAAAGCAACAGAUCAUGUGUUUUGUUAUGACAAACAUUUAUAGAUCAUGAAAAACAAUUAAUUUAUACAGUACUAACAGGAUGGGUGGUCAACUCUAUUAUCCUAUCAAGCAACACUGCAAGUAGUAGUACUUUUACCUCUUUUACAAAAUAGGUGACAGGUAAGUGCAAAAAUGAUAUUUUUAAAACCGUUUAAUUAUAUUUUUUGUGUCAGAAAAAAAUAGAAUUACAUAGUAGUAACUUGUCAAGAUGAACACAAUGAAUUACAUGAAAAAAAAGCUUUUGUAGCUCAAUCAACAAACAUUUUUACCUGUCCAACCUAUGGUUGUUUGAAUCAUAUAUAAAUAUGUAAGUAAUAAAGUAACUCCAUGUUACGAAUUGAUGUCAAUACAACUUGGCAGGAUUGUCAUACUUUGUUAGUAAUCAAUUCUGCAAUGGUCAAUUUACUUAACCUUUUUAACCUGUAUUGCAAUAUGCACUGCAUUUUGGUAAAGAAAACAUUAAAUUAUAGUGUUGCAAUUAAUGUGUUGGCAGUUUUCUAUUAUUUGUAUUACUGUAAUUCCAGUGUAAUUUAAUAUUAUUUGUUAGUACUGUGAGCCAAAUCCUUUUAUCUUUUAUAACAAUUAUUAAAGGAAUAAAUGGUUUGAGGCUUAUUUUCCAUCAUACCAUAUGACUUUUUCUAUUCAAAUUUUACACUCUCUCUUGGUGUCAAGUUCCUUUCAAAAAGUUUUUAAGGUGAGCAAUAAAAUUUUUCUGCAAAUGACAGUUAAAAAAGUUUAUUUUUAAGCCUCAACUUCAUGCACUAGAGCCAGUUUUCCUGCCUUCUAUCCAGAUAUAUUGAUUAUGGGCUGUUAACAAAAGAUUCAACAGUCAUUUAUUUGCUACACAACUCCAGAAUAUUUUAAGAAUACAUUUAUAUUUUUUUAACAUUUUAGUACCCCUGUACUUAUUUUGUAAAAUAAAAAUACAUGUUAAGUAAAAAUACAUGUUACAAUGUUACAGUAAUUACUAUUUUUUGUUAGGUGUAAGGUUCCUGAAUCCAAUUUCUUGAAAGUCAAGGUAACUUAGCAGGCCUGAAGCCAUAUAUUAGAAUCAAAUUUAAAGAAUCAAGGAGCAGGUUCUGGCAUCCAAAUCAAUCCAUUUUGUUACUUAAGCUGAAAGUUUUAUGUUAUAUUUCCAAACAAUUUUAAACCCCUGUCUUGAAUGAAAACAGAACAGCUUUACAGGCCUUUAAGUUUCCAGGACCUUCAAGAAAUGGGCCUUGGCUUAAAUAAUCUGAUUAAAGAAUUUAAAAGUAAA